AUGUUGAGAGUUUGCGCUAUAGACUUUAGUGGUUAUUGGGAUCAAUUCUUGCUGUUGGCAGAGAUUGCAUAUAAUAACAGUUAUAACUCUAGCAUCGACAUGGCACCUUUUGUGGCUUUGUAUGAUAGGAGAUGUAGAUCUCCGGUUCUAUUGAAGAUUUCACCCAUGAAGAGUGUUAUCAGGCUUGGGAAGAGAGGCAAGUUGAGUCCGAGGUAUAUUGGGCCAUUUGAGAUUAUUGACCGUGUGGGAAAUGUUACUUAUGAGUUGGCCUUGCCGCCAGGCUUGGCAGGAGUCAAUCAAGCUUUCUAUAUAUCUAUGCUGAAGAAGCACCAUGCCGAUGGUACUUAUAUUUGUCAUUGUGACUCAAUAUUGCUUGAUGAGAAUUUGACCUAUGAGGAGGUGCCAAUUGUAAUUUUGGAUAGGCAGGUUCAAAAAUUGAGGUCUAAGGAGAUUCCUUCUUUGAAGGUGAAAUGGAAGCAUCGUCCCAUUGAAGAGGCCACUUGGGAGACUGAGUUCGAUAUGCAUAGCCGAUAUCCUUAG